UCUCCUGAUAGUUAGUAACAUAUUGCAUUAGCGCCUUCCUUUCAUCCCCCAUGGCUACAAUUGCACAGUUCAAGCUUUCGAAACAAGGCGGGCUCAAUCGUCGCCUGACAUUCCCUGCUCACCCCAGUUGGGCUGUUUUGUCCUCCAAGAUCAAUGAAACAUUCGGUAUUGCGACUGAUAAUAUUGGGGUGUCCUACCUUGACCAAGAUGGGGACGAAGUAACUUUCAGCUCUGAAGAGGAGUUGCAGGACUACUAUAGUACCCUCGGUGACGCCAAAUUCAAACUUAUCAGACUUUCGGUGCAGGACCUUAGCUCCCUUAGGUCCACCAAUGUAGCGCCCUCCCGCAACCAUACCGCACCUCCACAGCACUUCCGGAACACAUUCGGAGAACAGGAUUCGCUGCCUUUCGUUUGGGAGGUCGAUGACGAAUGGCAGCGUCUCCCUGGUAGCCUGGGUAGUCUUUUCUUGUCCAGUGACUCUCCGGAGAGUCCACACGCGUUCGUGGAGGUUCUCGAGAGUGACGUCAGUGUCUCCAAGAAGUCUGACAAAGCAGACGAAGAUUCUGCCAUUGGAGACACUACCCGCUCAGACGGGACGUUUACUAUGCCUACUUUUCGUACAGACAAGGGCAAGUCGCGCGUAGCGAUGCAACCUACAGUUGAAGACGAUGCUUCGUCCACCGAUUCGGUUUUCGGCGACGAUGCGCCACCGCAGCCGCAGGCCCGUGUUUAUGACUCCGAUGAAGCUUCCACAUUCGGCGGUAAUGUCAAGUCUCCUGUCUCGGUCAAUGGGACAGUAACUCCCGCUCAGGCUCAGAGCACUCCUGUCAUUUCUGAGCAGGUUCUGCCUGAGACUGUGCUGAAAUCCACCGAAGAUUCUAAUAUUGUUGACGACCCUACCCUCCCCACUUUGGGUAGCACAAGGGCAUCAUCUCUCACUCAUGACGUAGCCGCCUUCUUGAAGACUGUUUCCGGUAUUAUUUCCUCUCACCCAGAAUUAUCAGAGGGUCUUCAUAACAUCGUUUCCAAUGCCACAAAUGGGACAUACUGGACUGCGCAUCGCGAUGCACUCUCUCGCGCUGCCGAGCAUAUUCAACAAGAAACUGGCAGGACCGUGGAAGAGAUUCAAAAUGCGGAAGAGGAGGCUAGCGCCAGGGUUGCAGACGCCCUUGGCGGAAUUUUCCGUGUCUUCGGCGAAGCCAUCCAAACUGCUAGGACAACAACUGAGCCAUUCCAGUCACCCGCCGCUCAAGAUGUACCCACAGCUCCAGAAUCUACACCUGAGCCCCAGUGCUCCCGUCCUCGCGAAUUUAUUCCAUAUCCAGGACCUCCUCCUCCAGGUCAUUUCCCGCCUCAUCCUCAUCAUCGCUGGGGCCCUCCUCCGCCGCCGCCGCCUGGUCGCCGUCAUGGGUGGCCCCGCCCCCCUCCGCCCUUUUGGGGUCUUUCAGGCGGGCGCCAGGAGGAGGUUGGUCCACAUGUAGAUCAUCACAAUGCAAUCCGUGCAAGGAUGAGCGACAUCCGCACUACGUUGGCGGAGGCACGCAACCGGCGUUUGGGUUUAGGGCUAGCCACACCAGCCAACCCGCCUCCCACUUCUAACGCACCCCCUGCGCCACCUGCACCUGUUGUACCUCCCGUACUACAGGGUGGAUCAUCUGACUCCAGCAUAUUCAGGAGCACUUUACCCACCCAAGAGGAGCUCAGGGCUGAUGUUGAACGCGCCAAAGCCGACUAUAAGAUGCGCAAGGAGAGGUAUCGUCAGGUUAAGGCCGGCAGAAAAUUGGCAGAGCAACGCGAACAAGUACAGGAAUCCAGUGGAAGCAAUGAUGUUUCCGGGCUACCUGCCGCUUUCGAUAUGACGGAGCCCAACGUCAGUGGCGCAGAUACAUCUGUGUCUCAAGGGCCUCCUGCGGCAACCCCAGUCCACGAGCAGGUGACAGUACCCCCAUCCCCUACCCCUGCAGCCGCGGCUGUGCCCUCUCAGCCUGUCACACCUACUAUGCCCCAGGUUCAUAUCGUAAGCAAUGCUAGGGGCGUGUACCCCCAACUCGAGAUGUUCAGCGUCCCUAGGCGUAGCCACACCAUUGGACACACUGCACGCCGUGGCCUCGAGGACCGUUCCAGGCAGCGCAUCAUGAGGAAAUUGUCAGAGAUGGGUUUUACUGAGGGCACGUAUCCGAAACUGAAUACCAAGGUGUUGGAGCAGAUGGUCGCCAAUCCUCCCACUACCAAAGACAUCGAAGAUGAUAUUGUUACCAACUUGAUUGAGGAGCUUAUUCCUUCCACUUUUACACCUCGGGCCAGCAGCUCCAGGGAACCCAUCCCUGGCGCUUGGGCCUAGAUGUGUUGUUGCACGAUGUAUGAUGCAGAUUUUUGACUGUAUUCUGGGCUUUUAGUCUGACUUUCUGACUGUUGUAUUAUAAGUUCUUGUAUUCUGAUUAUUUAUGUCAAAGUUAUGUGAUUGGUACAGUACUGUAAAUUCAAUACGUUUGUGACUAUUAUCUCUUGAUGUCCUCGGAGGCCAUGAAUAUUCUUGGGUUUUGUGACUUGAUCAAAAACAAUCAUUGUCUUCCGGUCGGAUCUUACAGGCACGUUAUAGUCCGGAGAAAUUGAUGAUCAUAAGUAAAUCACCCAUUAUC